AAGACAGGCUGCCUCAAACAAAGAGAGUUUUUGGUUUACAUGCAUUUGGAGUUUCCAGUGUUAACAUCUCAGACCUCUUGGAUACAUUGCUGUACAGUGUUGGCCUCCCUCCUUCAUCUCUGCAGGUUGUAACUAUGAUUAAGGAGGACGGUAUAGAAGAAAUUAAGAUCGAUCUUGGGGGAGAAGAGCAGCAGAAUGAGGACAAUUCUGCCCUCCCUCAAAAUGAAACCAUCCCAUUGGUGGAGAACCGGGACCCCAAAGGAGUUAAUGCACAUUUGAGGGUGACUUUUGAAGAUGUGAUAGCCGAACCCCAGUCGAUCCACAGCUUUGACAAGGUGUGGCUCUGGAGUCAUGCCUUGUUUGAAGUCUCCAGACUCUGGUUCUACAGAAUAAUCUCCCUCAUCCUCGCUGUUCCUGUUUCUUUAAUCGCUGGAAUUCUGUUAGCCAUACUAAGCUGCCUUCACAUUUGGUGUGUGAUGCCAUGUGUCAGAGUCUUCCUGAUCAACAUGCCUUCCAUUCAGACAAUCUGGGGAUCAAUUUUAGACACCGCCAUCUCACCAUUCUUCAGGAGUAUGGGGAAAUGUUGCAGUACCAUCAAUGUACACCUGUCUCGUGACUGAAAUCCUAGAUCACCUGUUAGUUUGACUGGGGAACAAUCCCUGGACUACAUUAACAAUACUGCCUCUCUCAGCAGGCAAUGCUCUGGCUCCAACAACACUUUGUAAAUGGCAAUAGCACAGUAAGAUAUAUAAAAGCUUCUGUUUGAAUGUAUUGAUGGUUUUAAUUAUUGAUUUAAACUAAAAAAAUGCAAGUUUAAAAACAACCAAAACACAUGUUUCACUCAUUCAUAAGUACAAAUAAUAGAGUGGGACCCUUGGCGUCAAUGUGGUAACGAAAUGUGUUAAGUUGGAAUAAAGGGCUGUGUUCAUGUAGCAUCACUAUGACCGUCCUAUGCAUUUACUGGUACAUUCUUGGUACAUUAUUUCUUUAGGAGUACAGCCUAAAAAGAAAAGGUACUUCUUUAGAUCUAGCUAAUACUCCACCAUUAUAAUUAUUCUCACUGUAGCUCAUGGAGUCAUUGAUAAUGAAGUUCCUAAUAAUAGCCAGAGCUACUAAUGGCAAUACCAAAAUAGAAGCAGGCCAAAUGAACCUUUCUUUCUCCAAGAUAAUGAUAUCCUUCAAAUAAAGCUGCUUGAACAGGGGAGUAGGAUCAUGAAGAACAAAAAAACUAAAGAGGACAAAGUGCAAUCUGUGUCUAUCAAGGGCACUAUAGUUGUAUAGAAAAGUAUUUUCAUUAAAAUAACAAUGCUUGUUAGAGAGUAGAGAUAAUGACGCUCGGCGUAGCAUAGUGUCAAUGUUUAUCUGAAGCAGUGCAUUUUCUUUGUUGAGCUGCAGUACACAGCCAAGGAUAGCAUUGUGACGUGCAAAUGCUUAGUGGAAGGCUGCUACCUAGUAGAUGCUGUGCAUUUUGGGAAAUGUGAGCUCCUACACUGUAUUUCUUAGACAGGUGUUAUUAAAAAUAACUUGACAUACUUUCUUAAGUUGUGAGUCAUAUCGAACAAAAAAGCUCUGUAGUUUCACAUUUCAUACAUCAAUUAUUACAUGAAUUUAGGCAGAGAUAUACUCAAACCAUGUUCUGGAAGGUGUGGGAUACAUUAGCGUUCUAGUGCAUCCUCCUUCUGGAAUUUCACGAAUUGAAGACACAAGGUUAACCAUAGAUACUGCAAAUAAACACCAAUGCGGCUCUAUUUCAAAACCACACUCUUCAUAUUGAGUACAUGUAAAUGUAAAUUUGAACAUCCUGGUAUAAUUGUAUUUAUACAAUGCUUAUCUUUUAAAUGCUGUGGAUUCAACCAUUCAACAUUAACAAUAUCAAUAAAGGGUACAUAACAUA